AUGGUUUCCAAAGCAACUAUCCUCGCGGCAUGUAUUGCCGUGGUCGCGGCCGCUCCAAUCGAUCCCGCUCCUGGAAUUCCCCAUGACCUCUACGAUCCGCUGUCGGAAACCACAUACAGGCCAGCCGUCUUUCGAAUCAUUACAAAAAAGUCUGAGAAUGGCCCCGCGUUGGAUGCGUCCACCGGACCCAGUUGGUACCCACCGGCCAAGUUUGGAAAGAGGGAGGAUGGCUCUAAAGGGAAUAACCCGGAGCUUUAUUCGCCUCUCGCCCACGUCCAGGAAAGCCAGACAGGUUUUUGA